GAAGAUUCUUAAAAGGAAAAUCAAAUGCGCAGGUAACUUCCACAUUUCUAUCACAGUAGUGCCAGUUCUAUCUCGCAAAUACUUUCACAGAAACUGAAAAAUCUCAAGAGAUUUCUCUUGGGUUUUCUUGUAUUGGAAAGCCAAACAAAAAGAUAACAUGGAUUUCAACAGCAUCAAUAUAACACACGAACGGAUGUACCCUCUUCCGUUCGCCAACUCUUCGCUCUUCCCCAUGCUCCUUCUCUCACUGGCAAGCCAGAAAAUCGCCCCCAAGAUAUCGACCACGUUCAAAAAGGAAUACGAUUACAUUGUAGUGGGUGGAGGAUCCGAGGGAUCUGUGGUCGCCGAACGUCUCUCUGAGUUGCCGUGCGUCAGUGUGUUGCUGCUAGAAGCUGGGAAGACCCCUCCCCUAGUGACCGAUAUACCAGGCGUGUCUCGAUUUUUCUACAAUAGCGAUAUAGACUGGCGAUACAAAACGACACCGCAGAAGCACACAGGCAAUGCCCUCAACAACAGGCAAAUAUUUUGGCCAGCCGGCAAAGUCCUGGGAGGCAUCAGCAUCUACAAUGACUUGAUCUACUCUCGGGGUGCCAUGGAGAUCUACGAUAAAUGGGCGGAACAAGGCUGUAAAGGAUGGAGUGGUAGAGAAGUCUUUCCUUAUUUUAUGAAGCUGGAAGACAACAGAGACCCGGAAUACUUGGCAAAUGGUUAUCAUUCCAUUGGUGGUCCAGUAACUAUAACCAAGCCAAGAUACGAGUCGAUAAUCAAAAAACCGAUUUUUGAGUCAGCCAAAAUGUUUGGUUACAAAGUUGUAGAUCCCAAUACGCCGAAACUCUCAGGUUUUUAUGAUUUUCAAGCAACUAUCAGGAAUUCCCAACGGUGCAGUCCCCCUAAAGCAUAUCUUGUCCCAGCAGAAUACCGCCCAAAUCUUGAUAUUGUGACAUCUGCUUACGUCAAAAAGAUCAAGAUCGAAGGAAAGCAAGCCACUGGAGUGGUAUUCGAUUAUGGUGGCUCUGAGCAUACUGUGAAAGCCACACGAGAGGUAAUCAUUUCAGCAGGAACCGCUAAGACUCCUCAAUUGCUCAUGCUUUCCGGUAUAGGACCCAAAGAACAUCUACAAGAACUCAAUAUACCAGUGGUAGCUGAUUUGCCUGUUGGGAACAAUUUACAAUCGUUUGCUAUUGCUCCACUAAAUUAUCAAAUAAAUAAUCCCAACCUUAAAACUGUCGAACAGAGACUUGCAGACGAUAGUAACAUUGAAAAGUAUAUUUAUCGUAGAAAAGGAAUUUUGGCAUCAUCCGAAAUUAUUUCUGUGUUAUCUUUCCUGAAAAAUUUGAAUGAAACAAACCCGUACGACUUCCCUAAAUAUGAGAUGUACUUUCUGGAAUUCCCUUUGAUUGUUCCCAGGAAUCAAACAAAUUUCAAACCAGGCGUUUUUGAAAAAGUAUUUGGAGAUUAUAAAGAUACGCCCAUCUUUCUGUGUGGUGCCAUGCCAACGCAACCUAAAAGCAAAGGCACUGUCCGAUUGCAGUCUACCGAUCCGUAUGCUCAACCACUGAUUGAUCCCAACUAUCUGGCGGAUCCAAUGGAUGUUCAAGCGAUUGUGAAUGGUCUGAAAACUUGUCAACAAAUACUUCUAACCGAGCCUUUAAGAAAAAUUGGCGCCAAAGCUUUCGAUAAGCCCAAUCCUGGUUGCGCAAACCUCGUUGAUAAAGGCGACAAAUAUUACGAAUGUAUUGCAAGAGGCGCCAUUCUUCCCAUUUCACAUGCCGUUGGUACCGCCAAGAUGGGAGAUCCUAGCGACCCCACGACGGUUGUGGAUCCCUUGUUGAGGGUGAAAGGUCUGAAAGGACUGAGGAUCGUGGAUGGCUCGACAAUGCCAAUUAUACCAUCGGCAAAUUCCAACAUCCCAGAAAUCAUGCUUGCCGAAAAAGCUUCAGAUCUUAUCAAACAAACAGUGCAAUGUGCACCAAAAAUAAGCAUCGACAUAUUCAAGUUUAACUUCUAGAAGCAAAGCCGGAUCACUCCCUUGAAUUCAAGAUUUAUUUUUGGAUAUGAAUAUGUGCCAUAAAAAUCAUCUUCAAAAAUAUAAUAUGAAAAAACAAGUUCAAAGCCAAAUUUUCAUUUUUCUAAAUAUUGAAUGUUUGUAAAUGAACGAAUGAAAUAUGUUAACGUUCUUUCAUUAAAAUCCUCUGUUAAAUUUAAUAUAAUAAAAUAUUCACAAUUUCUUUUGAAUAGUUAACAAAAAAAGAUGAAAAAGAAGCAGGGAAAAAUUUGAUGGAAUGAAAUUAUACUUUGAGCAUUCUUAAAUGUUUGAAAAAUCUUUAUUGAAUGAAGAAUAACUUUAUUCAAAUUAAUCAAUAAUUAAAAUAGUUACAUUAUUUUACUAAGUAUAGAUUAUCAUGAUUUUAAAAGGCAUUGUUCUUAUAAUUUUGUUAUGUUAUAUUUAAAAAAAAAAUUUCUUAAUUUUUAAGACAUAAAUUAUUUAUUAUAAUAAUAAACCUAAAUAUUCUUCCUUUUUAUAAAUGAUGACGAAAAAGCUAAUUGCUAACAUCAUGAUUUCAAAUUAAUCAUCACUUAAAAUCAAAUCAAAUAAUCAUUUCAGGGCAACCCAAUUUAUUUCAGGUAUUAAUUUUAAAUCGUUAAUAUUUAUCCAAAAUUGUACAAAAAAAAACCCUUCCUAGAUUAGACCUGUUGCCAAGAAAUUGCUUUAUUUAUUAAUGUAAUCACAUUACCACCUACUAUUAACAUUCUUGAGUCGCAAUAAAGUAUUUUUAGUGUUUUUGUCA